UUAGUGUGCUUUGGAGUAUUUAUAGAAUACUCACUUUUAACUUACAUUUUGUUCAAUUGUUUCAAAGGAAUAUGGAGAAAUAUAUUUUUGAUAAAACAGAUGCCAACUUAAUUAAAUAUGACGGUAUAUCCCUGUUGGAGAAGAAUUACAUUUGGGAUACGUCGGGACAAGUGCAGAAUGUUGUUGAUGCUUUGAAAACGCAAAAAGUCGUCAACUAUCUCGAACUCGAAGGCAACACACUUGGUGUGGAGGCGGCAAAGGCUAUAGGGGAAGCGCUGGAGUCCCAUCCAGAGCUCCAGAAAGCCCUGUGGAAGAACCUUUUUACAAGCCGCGGGAGACUAGAAGUACCAUUGGCCUUGGAGCAUUUGUGCUCUGGCCUUAUAAAAGCCAAGGCCCAAUUAACAGUGUUGGAUCUUAGUUACAAUGUUCUGGGUCCAAAUGGAAUGAGUUCAUUGGGUACACUCAUGCGCUCGCCUGUGUGCUACUCCUUGCAGGAGCUUCACCUCAACAACUGUGGCCUGGGUCCUUUGGGCGGUAGCAUGCUGUCGUCGGCCUUGUUGGCUCUCCAUUCCAAUGCCCAAAAAGCGGGAUCGCCGCUCCAAUUGCGGGUCUUUGUGUGCGGGCACAAUUGUUUGCAGGAUUUCGGUGCCACGGCAUUGGCCAGGACUUUUAAAGCAUUGCGAACCCUAGAGCAGAUUGUUCUAAUGCAUAACGACAUACGCUACGAAGGCGUGAAGUAUCUUGCCGAUAGCUUCAAGGCUAAUACCCACCUGAAAGUGAUCAACAUGAAUGACAACAAUUUUGGUGUUAAUGGUGCCGCCAAAAUGGCCGAAGCAUUUGAGGAGACACCAUUCUUGAGGGAAAUCAACUUGGGUGACUGCUUGAUUACAACCGAAGGCGCCUACCACAUUGCUGACUCGCUGGAGGAAUGCAACGAUGAUUUGGCAGUCAUAGAUCUAAGUUUUAAUGACCUAACAUGUGAUGGUGGCUUGGUAAUUCUCUCCGCUUUGCAAGCCAAACCUAAACUGACCUACUUGAACUUGGAUGGAAAUUGUUUUGGUCGUGAAGGUCGUGCUCUAAUAAUUGAUCUGAUGGCCCAGAGUGUCAAUGCUUCAGCGUUGCAGCCUCUCGAUGAAGACUGCUCCGAGGCGGAGCAUGAAGAUGACGACAAGGAGGCUGACGAAGAUGAUGCCUUUUACGCCUAGCUGCGCAAUGACUCGUUCACCUUAAAUGAUAAGAAGAAGAAGGAUGCCACCUAAACGAAACACGUGACUUUUACCCCAGAGUCGAAGUAAACUGAUAAUUAAGCAAUAAAUAAAUAAGC